UAUUCAUCGACACAUUCCGGCCUCGGUCUUGUCUGUUCUGGAUACCCAAGUCCGCGCAAACGACAGGAGGGAUCACUCGGAACAAGCCUGCAACGAAAACAUGGCGCCGCCCAGGUUCAUGGGCCUCACUGGGCGCCCGUUGUCGGUGACCGUCUCGGCCGUCGCGACGACGGGCUUCCUGUUGUUCGGAUACGACCAAGGAGUUAUGAGCGGCAUCAUCUCAGCUCCCGCAUUCAAUGACUACUUUCCAGAGACGCGGGACAACCCGACGAUGCAGGGUUUCGUGACUGCCAUUUAUGAGAUCGGAUGCUUAGCAGGAGCCAUGUUUAUCCUUUGGAUAGGCGAUCUUCUGGGAAGGCGAAAGGCCAUGAUCCUUGGUGCGAUCAUCAUGGCAUUCGGCGUAGUGAUCCAGGUCUUGACACUCAAGCCCAGUCAAGCUCCGUUGGCGCAGUUCAUCAUCGGAAGAACGGUUAUGGGCGUGGGCAACGGUAUCAACACCUCGACGAUUCCAACAUAUCAGGCCGAGUGCAGCAAAACGUCCAACCGCGGCCUGCUUAUUUGCAUCCAGGGCGGCACCAUCGCGUUCGGCACUGUCAUCGCGUAUUGGCUCGACUACGGAGCAAGCUUCGGCCCGGACGACCUGGUGUGGCGCUUCCCGAUCGCCUUCCAGCUCAUCUUCGCCCUCCUAGUGGCGGUGCCCAUGAUCUUCCUGCCCGACUCCCCCCGAUGGCUGCUGACCCACGACCGCGUCGAGGAGGCGGACCGCGUCAUCGCGGCCCUCAGGGGCUACGAGCUCGACUCGGCCGAGACCGCCCAGGAGCGCGACCUGAUCGUCGACAGCAUCAAGGCCUCGGGCUUCUCGGGCCAGAAGAGCACGCCCUUCAAGGCGCUCCUCACUGGCGGGCCGACGCAGCAUCUGCGGCGCGUCCUGCUGGGCUCCGGGUCGCAGCUCAUGCAGCAGAUCGGCGGCUGCAACGCCGUCAUCUACUACUUCCCCAUCCUGUUCCAGAAGAGCCUCAACGAGACGCACGAGAUGGCGCUGCUGCUCGGCGGCGUCAACAUGAUCGUCUACGCAAUCUUCGCCACCACCUCCUGGUUCGUCAUCGAGCGCGCCGGCCGCCGGCUGCUCUUCCUCAUCGGGAGCGUGGGCCAGUGCCUGUCCAUGGUCCUCGUCUUUGCGUGCCUGAUCCCCGGCACCGAGGAGGCUGCCAAGGGCGCGGCCGUCGGCCUGUUCACCUACAUCGCCUUCUUCGGCGCGACGUGGCUGCCUCUCCCGUGGCUCUACCCGGCCGAGGUGAACCCGAUCAAGACGCGCGCAAAGGCCAACGCAGUGAGCACGUGCACCAACUGGCUGUUCAACUUCCUUGUCGUCAUGGUGGUGCCCAUCAUGAUCGCCAACAUCAGCUGGGGCACCUACGUCUUCUUCGCAAUCAUGAACGGCCUCUUCGUGCCCAUUAUCUACUUCUUCUUCCCCGAGACCAAGCGCCGCUCGCUCGAGGAGAUCGACAUCAUCUUCGCUAAGGGCUUCUCCGACAACAUGUCGUACGUCAAGGCCGCGUACGAACUGCCCUACCUCGCGCCCGAGGAGGUUGAGGGCCAGUCCAUCAAGUACGGCCUAAUCCGGCAGGGUGCCGCGGCUGGUGUCACUGCCGGCGAGAAGGCGCCCCAGCCCGUCCAGCGCACGUCCUCGGACGAGAAGCCGCGCGUCUCGAAUUGGGGAAGCGGCAGCGACGAGGAGCAGGGCACGUCGGCGCCGGGGAUCGGCAACUCUGCAUCCGCCGCGGGUGACAGGAAUGUCUGAAAGAAAACGCAGGAAUCAGAGAAGGUGUGAAUGAUACCAUGGGCUCGAGAAGGCCCGGCGGCUGUUAUGCAGUCUUUGCUUUCGUUAUUUUCGUUUCUUACGCGACGACGCUGGACAGUGGAGAUUGCGCAGUCAUGUCGCGGUGAAGUAUUUUGAUUACCACCAUAUGUUCUGGUCUGUUCCAGUACCUGCAUUUAGCAUAUGAUAGAAGAUAGAUAGAUUAGAGUCUAUACCCGGCGAAUAUGAGAAUAUUUGCCAUCUCUCGAGGUUGAUUGACGGG